AUUCGAAACUGUUAUGUUACUCGCGUUAAUUCGACCGCCUUAGAAGCAUGUGGAAGAAACAUUUUAUCACAGAAAAUGUCAAUGUGAGUACGGAAAAUGAGCAAUCUGAAAAAGUGUAAAGCCGCACGAGGAUCUCACUGCAAUCGAGAUCCCAGACAUCGCGUGAUGCCUGUAUCGCAGCCAGUACGAGCCAAGAGUUUGUUACGCGCAAACUUGGAAAAUUCUCGCGUGAGAAUCUUGCAAAGCAGGAUGCCGAAUAUCAAGAUCUUCAGCGGGACUUCGCAUCCGGAUCUGGCUCAGCGGAUUGUGGACCGGCUUGGCAUCGACAUCGGCAAGGUUGUCACCAAAAAAUUCAGCAACCUCGAGACAUGCGUGGAGAUAGGGGAAUCAGUUCGUGGCGAAGAUGUGUACAUUGUCCAAAGUGGAAGCGGCGAAGUGAACGACAAUCUAAUGGAGCUUCUCAUCAUGAUCAAUGCUUGCAAAAUUGCCUCGGCAUCUCGAGUGACAGCAGUUAUUCCUUGCUUUCCAUAUGCAAGACAAGAUAAGAAAGACAAGGGCGGUGAUGGGGAAGACUCAAAAAAAAUUGUGCUGAAGUCAAACGACUGGAAAUUCAGGAGUCGCGCUCCGAUUUCGGCAAAACUAGUGGCAAAUAUGCUUUCGGUAGCGGGCGCAGAUCAUAUCAUUACCAUGGACUUGCAUGCUAGUCAAAUACAAGGAUUUUUUGACAUCCCAGUAGACAAUUUGUUUGCCGAACCAGCCGUUCUCAAAUGGAUCAAAGAAAAUAUUUAUGAAUGGCGAAACAGCAUCAUUGUUUCUCCGGACGCAGGUGGCGCUAAGAGAGUCACGUCUAUUGCUGAUCGAUUAAACGUCGAGUUCGCGCUUAUACACAAAGAAAGGAAAAAAGCGAAUGAAGUUGCCAGCAUGGUAUUGGUUGGAGACGUCAAAGACAGAGUCGCGAUUCUGGUGGACGAUAUGGCUGAUACCUGCGGUACUAUUUGUCAUGCAGCAGAAAAGCUGUUGGAAGCUGGAGCCACGAAAGUUUACGCUAUACUAACACAUGGAAUAUUCAGCGGUCCCGCAAUUAGCAGGAUUAACAAUGCUUGUUUUGAAGCUGUAGUAGUGACUAAUACUAUUCCUCAAGAUGGUCACAUGAAAGAUUGUCCAAGAAUCCAGUGCAUUGAUGUCUCGAUGAUGUUUGCUGAAGCCGUGAGGCGGACUCACAACGGUGAAUCAGUAUCGUACCUGUUUUCUAACGUACCGUAUUAGACAAAAAUUUUCCGUAUAUUGGAAAAUCUGUGUAAGAAGAAUGUAUACUCUUUUUACAUUUGUUUAUUGUUAGUCAUAUAAGAAUAGUUUCAUUUAUCUGCUAGCCAGCGGGCUUAUUCUAGAACUUUUAACGUAUACGUUAUGAAUUUUUGGUGCAAAAAGUAGCGCAACGAUACGUUAACGAUAAUGAAAUUAUCGCUAUAAGUUACAGAAUAAGAAGGCUGGUACACACAUUUCUGUAUCCUAAUUCUAAAUUGAGAUUGUUAUCUAUUUUUUCAUGAACUUUAUGAGUAUGAUGACAGUAUCGAUAUAUGAAACUACAAUACAUUUUUAGAAAAUUUAGAUAUAAUAUGUACAUAUAAGGCGGUUUUUCCUUUGAAACUUAAUAGUCUAAAGAUAUUCUCAAUUUUUACAAACAAUAGUAAGAAUGCAUAAUGCUUUUGUGUGAUUGAAAUUUCGAACUUUAUUAAAAUCUUAGUGCAGUGUUGUAAUUUACAACAAGUAGCAUCGUUUAACAAAAAUAUAAGAGAAGAAUCGAUCUGUAUUGAACUUUAGAAAUCGAAAUAUUUGUAAACUAUAAGUAUCAUAAAUGCACAUAAUAUUCGCUUACUGUGUAAUUUGCUACCACGGACAUCCCGUGUUUAGACAAAUUUUAGAUCUGCAAUAUCUGUAUAAAAAGAUUUUCUAAUUAAAAUUUGAUAAUUUUCAUAAAUUA